AUGUUAAGAGUCACCAAACUCCGAGAGGUGACUCGUAACGACUUAUUUCCUUCAGCAGACAUGAUUGUGUCUAUAAGCCGAGAGUUUGGAGUGCCGCUGACUGCAGAGGAUUUCGGAGGUAGGUGACUUGUAGAUCUCGAGCAGUAGUUUUGCAUUUCUAAUGGCGUUUACAGAAGUCGAUGAGGAGCAAAUAGGGCUGCUGCACUUCUCACGGCUUUUCAGUCACCUUGCAAAAGCAAAAGAAAGGAAGUGAAAAACACGCUUAAGCUUGGCUUUCUUGGAAGUAAUUUUCUUUUUUCACAGUUUCUCAGAGUUGUGAUCUAAGUUAUUAUCAUGGUCAAACAGGGUUUAUUCUAGAGCGCGGCCUUGCGGGAUUUCCGCAAUUUGAAACAAAAUGCCGCAUAAAAUUUUCCUUGCCGCGUUAAAUGAGGCGCCAAAAAAAAGACCCAAGGAUAAGCACUAUUUUUUUUUAAGUAUUAGAAAGCAUCACUGACAACAACACUGAUUUGAUGGCCGCUCUAUAAAUUUACUUUGAACUUCUGUAGCCUCCUACUGUAUCAAUUGUCUUUCUCCUCUUUGUUAGAGUCAUUAUUUCAAAAGACAAACAUCCGCGAUUCCGCAGUAAUUCGAGCCCAGGCUUUUUCAGUUGCCCAGAAUGUUCCAAAAUGGCGGCAAAGAGUCAAUAAACCUUCGUUCCCUUUCUUGAAAAAGGGCGCCCUAAAAUUACAGAAGGGGACCCAUUUGACCCUCAUUGGCCAAUUUCUUUAAUAAACCCUGGUUAAAGACACAUGUAAGCAUGUCUCUACUUAAAGAUUUGUGGUCAUACCUUGAUAACAUCGUGUGUAACUCUUCUAAGGAGCAUGUGUGUUUAUAAAACCUCCACUUGGAAGAAUUAUGUAAUCAUUCAUAGAAGAUGGGCUGCCAAUGAUGACCUCCAGCGCAUAAAACACUUACAAGUCGCUCUCGUUUCUAGUUCUCGUUAUAUUGUUGGAAACAGAAACCGCAAAGUGUAAUGGGAAGGAUAAAAAUAAGAAGCGUCUAACAACCUCCUCAAAAGCAAUCUUUCCUUUCAACGCUUAGCCUAAGAACUGCAGACGUAUUUUCGGUCGUCGCUUCCCUCCCUCCGACGACUGGAAAUACGUCUGCAGUUCGCAGGCUAUUCAACGCCAGGUGCCUCGGCCGGUGGCCGACACACGGCGUGUAACACCAAAGAUGGAGGCCCAGGAACGUGUGGGCACGAAAGAUCUCAUUUAAACUGCUCUUGUUCUAAUUUUCCUUGCUAUACGACCUUGUUACUCACUUUAUUAUUUUGCAUCCUGCUUUCCAGAUUUCAUCUCUCUCUGCUUUUCUCCGUCCUUCUUUCGCUGCGAAGAGGUCUUUCAUCUUCAGAGUAACAGAGUUGCCCGGUCAUCACUUAAAGUCUCUGAUUUCUACUUAUUUGGAACUACACUCAAAGAACCUGUUAAAGUCUGAAGUGGCUCACUCUGUACUUUUCCUGUACUCUUUUGUAAGUAACCCUCUAUAGUUCUUCUGUUUCCCUGCGAUGCAUGAUGCUGGUGUAUUUUCCUUCUUAAUCUUCCUGAAAUAUUUUUCAGGACAUUUCCAACGGCCUGCGCACCUUGCUAAAAUCUAUUUGUCCUUGCUGUAUCCUUUUCCCACUUCGCUGUGGACACCGACAAAUGAUUUCACUUACUUGAGUUCUCAGUAUUUUGGCGCGAGCUCUCCUUGUGUUGCUGUGAUUUCUUGGUUGGUUUUGCUGUGAGCUGUAGUUGUGUUGCCGUAUUCAAGUUCAGAGUUAUUUUUGUUUUCGUGAUUUUUCGGUGUUUUUUCGUGAUUACUCGUUGCGUUUCCGCGAGUUCUCAAUAUUUUGCCGCGAGCUCUCGUUGUGUCGCUGUGAUUUCUUGGUCAGUUUUGCUGUGAACUCUUAUAGUGUUUCGCUUUUAGUUGACCCAGUUUUGUUUUCGUGAGUUUUCGGUGUUUUUCCUGAUUACUCGUUGGGUUUCCGUGAUUUCUCGGUAUAUUGCCGUGAUGAGCACUCGUUCUAUUUCGCUCUGUUUCUAUUUUCCGUGAAUUGUGGCUGUGCUAUAUACAGUAUAUUUAAAUGUGCUUGUAAGCCACCGUACCAUACCAUUUCAAAACUGUUUAAACAGUAUAACAGAGCGCUGACAAGUAUCGCUCUUUUUGUCGUCUAGAACUAGAGUCCAGUAAUGGAUCCGAAAUAGAAGAGGCUGGUACAGGCAACCGGCUGGAGGACCCUAGACCCAAGACAACUCGGUCGUGGACACCCUUGUCCCUUUACAACACUGAUUAUGUUGCACUUCUUAAGGAAAGAGAGGGUCAACUGGUUAAACAUGACUUCGUCAAAGAGAAGAUUGUAAGUAAAACAAAUAUUUAAUAUUGCUGAUAAAAAAGAUUUUUAUUGGUACGUUUGUUGAUUUGCCAGGCGUAGUUGACGAGCUGGGACUGGGGAGAGAGAAGGCUGAUGGUGGUGUAUCUGAACACGGAAUAGACCUUAUUCACUACACCCGCCAUCUUUGAACGUGCUUUAGGAUUGAUUGGAUAAAAGUAAUGUCACGUGGUAUUUCAGGUGGCAAACAAAAGAUAAGAUUUGCCAAUGCGAGAAAUCGCGGUCGACUUUGUUUAUUCUCUUGAAAAGAAACGACGAUUAAAUAGUCACGCAAAAUGUACGGUUUGAGUUUCGACAAAAUUGACGUCGUUAUUGCUUGCUGUAAGGACAUCUACAGUCGCUACUGCAUCCAAACAAGUAAAAAUGAUCACUCUCAAUCAUAAUUUGCCAUUUUCGUCUUUAAUAUAAAAAGUUGUCCAUUUUCUGUUCUCAAGAAUAAACAAACUUGACCGCGAUUUCUAGUAUUGGAAAAAAUUAUCCCAUGUUUGCCCCCGGAGAAACCACGUGACGUCGCUUUUAUCCCAUCAGUCCUUAAGCGCGUGCCUCCUUCCCCAGAUACCGCGCGUCUUAUUUCCGCUAAGCUUGUUUUCGCAACGUCCCUACUAUCUGAGCACCUGGAACGUUCUACAAUAUUUGGACUUGCGUUUGAUUCUGUUAAGUCUGGUAUUGCGGAUUGUAAUGAGCUAUCUUUUCAAAUUCUUUUUACUUUAGAUGAGGACUCGUACAACAGAACCUAAAAGAAGACCGCACACUAUUGCUGUAGACAUGACUGAUCUUCAUCAAUACACUGCGCAUAACUACAGCAUACAGACCCUGAACUCUACUGAACUGGCCAAAGAAAAGCUAAGAGAAGUCCUAGCCAGGGUAUGUAAUUAAAUGAAACCCGUUGUGCGCUACCCUUCCCUCACUAUUAUGUUGCUUGGUUACCCGUUCUUGGCGCCGGUUUAUUUUUCCCGCGUUUUUCUCCUGUCUUCCGAUCAUUACCACCUAUUUCUUGAUUACCUUUGUCGUCAUCCAUAUAUCUGUACUUAAAUAAAUCAAGGGCAACGACCAAUCACAGCGCGCGUAAUAUUCACCACAUAGCAUAACAAACUUAUGCUCGCACUCGAAAAAACCAGUUUUACGAGAGAAAACAAGUUUAACUAGUCCAGGAGUUCGGGCUGUGGCCACUUCGGCUCGCAAGGUGUAAACUUGGCAUCGUCGCUUGAAUAAGCUAAUUUUACUUAUUCCUUCGUAGGAGAAAGAUAGACGUUUUACCUACUGCCCUUUAUACAACUCUGCUACAGUUCUCCCCAUUCACCCACAGACUGUAAAGAAACAAGAACUUACAGACUCCAAAGCACUCUGGAGAACUAAUAAAGGAUUUAUAUUCCCUGGAAAAAAGACCUCGAUGGUCUCAAACGUACACCCUAAGAAACCUGACUCAGCUCGGGUGGACGAACUUAAUAAGGUACGAGAAUUGUCCGCUACCUGGACCACAAUUUACCCAGCAGGCCUAAUGGUAGUAAUAGUGAGUUUACACAACAGGACGGCAAAACGCUUGUGUGUGACAAACGUGACAUGGUUAUUACUUGCGCGUUUCGUUAUGAUCUUUACUUCCCUUUAAUGCUUUCUGGUCUUUUACAAUAGGAUCUGUUAAAAAGAGGGUGAAGUUUGCCGGAAAGUUUUUUAAAAUAAAAUUAUUGUCACGCUUGUCACACAAGGUUUGUCGUCUUCUUCCUCUCCCGUUCUGUUUCGUAAGUUCACUAACAUAUCUCAAGAGUUCCAAUAAACUCGAAGAUUUUGGGGAGUCCUUGCCUUUUUACACUUUCUUUCGAUGUGGAAUAAGUUAUGAGUGGUAAGAAAUUAAUAUGCUGGCACUGUCUCGCCUUUACAAAAGAAAAAGCUAACUUAAAACUACAGCAACGUUUUGAUGAAUGCAUUAUCAGGUUAAGAAGCCCGCAUUUGAUGAGCGGUGAAGCGCUUAUUUCAAACCUUGAUGUACACUGGCAUUUAUGGCCUGGUGGUGGGAUGAAAGGGAGGGGACCUCAAUGGUAGUCUUUAUACUAGAGCCUAAAUAAGCUAAGAAAUAUUUCAAGAGAAGUAAAUUGUAAAUUCUUCAAGUAAACGAACAGGGGCACCCAACGUCAAUUUUCGGAAAAUAUCUGUUCGGACGACGAUUUGAGAUCUAGAAUUUUCGGAACAUUUGUUAUAAAAUUUCUUGCUUGCCUGCCUCUCCUAGGAUUUUCGAACUUCUAAAAAAUGGUAUAAUUGCCCAUUUUUAACGGAUUUUUACCCUAAAAAGGUCACCUAAAAUUUUCGGGAGCCUUUUUUCUUGCUGAAAUUUUCGAAAAGGUAAGUUUUGAUCCCUAUAAUUUUCGGAUCACUAGACUUUCAGCUAGGAAAUCCGAACAGAUGAAAAAUUUUUAGGGGAUAAAAAUAUGCCUAUAUCUACCGUUUAAAUACUAAAAUACGUUUAAUAACGCUAUGCUUAAGUUGUUUGAACUAUAUUCUCGUUGAGUGCCCCUGAAAGAAAGCUUCAACACUCAAGCUAUCUAUUUUACAUCAGGUUUACUUAAGCCUAGUUUCCCACACAAAAUAAUUAAGAUUGAUUGACAUGCUUCGCCUUUCUCAAAGCUUAGAAACGCAAGUUCGCUAAGUCGGUUUUAAGGAUGGUUUUCAAGUCACUUGAAACUUUCUUGAAUCGUUUCAACUUUCCGACUUUAAUGGGAUGCAAAGUAAGGUUACUUGUCGGAAUGAGAUUUUAGUUAGGCCUUCACACGUAUUUUUUGGUUAAGUAAAACUUAGCAACUCUUAAGUCUUACUUAACAGCCUAGUGUAAAGACAACCAAUGAUAGUAUUACAAGUUAAAAUUUAAAUUUAAAUUUCGAGAACGGUUUAACGGAUGAUAGGAUUAACAUGUCUUUUCCUCUCUUUUCUUCUCAGCCAUGGAAAGAAAAUAUUUUGCACGCCAACAUUUUGAAGCCUACAGUAGACAGGUAAGUACACGAGUCAUGUAGUUAAAGCUUCUUUCACUGCUAGGAGUGCAAUCUUUGCUCCUCUGAUUUGCUGUGAGAAAUUUGUACUCGAUGUUGACCGCCCAGAUUUUUGGACACUUCAGCCCCAGUCACCGACAUACCAACAGCCUUCUUUGGGACUUCACUUUCCGGAACCAUCAUGUAGCACGAUUCCCGAUUGCAAAAUAUUAAGCGUUUUCACUGGUCCCCCCCCCCCCCUUAAAAAAGCGUAACUCCCACAAAUCUAGUUACAACAUGGCGACCCUUGACGUCAUGAGAAAAUAUCCCAUCUGGUUAUCUUAUUUCCUAAUUUGAGCUUGCACGUGGUUUGCAUGUAGCUUGUAGUCGUUUUGUAUUUUUCUUGCAUGUAGCAUGCAUGCUUGCGGCGGGACUUGAUGGAGAUGUCAAAGGUUAAACGUCUUUGAAGGCAAAAGUCUGAGACUUUAUUUUCUUCACCCUGCAGGGAAAACUUUCCAUGGGAGUAUCGUGACAGUGAUCUGAAUUUACUCUCUGUUCCACCUCCCUUCUUCGACAAGAACCCAAUGCUCUCUGUUCACGCGGCAGGCGACACAAAAGAGCAGGAACAGAGUGACGCAGCAUUGGCAUUUACGCGUCAGUGGCGGGAAAAAAUUGUGGUAGACGACAUUGUCUUUCGCACGCAUCGUUGUUUACCAGAAACUGAACUCGAGGACCGCGGUCCUAGGGCCUCUAACCAGCUUUCAAAGCUGGAAGGACUUCUUAAAAACUCUCCGAAAAAGUUAUCGCUUUCGCGAGCAGGACUUACGCUAGAGGAAAUUCCCUCAGUUGGAGUCGUUGCAAACCCCAACGUUGAUACGCCAGCAAGAAAAACUGGGAGGUUAGAGCCGAUAAGGAGGAAAUGCACUGAAGAAGAGAAGCGAGGAUUUUACCCGGGACCUUUUGAAAAGGAGGGCUGGUUACUGGAGAGGAAUAAGGUGCCUAUAGCGGAUCAGGAACAUGAGAAGUUUAAGAGCCUAAAGGGCCAUGAUUUUAGGUAUGUUGGUCGAAGCUGUCAAUAACUAGUGACUAGUAUGCAAAAAGGAGUGGAGGAGGGGGGGGAGGACUAAACCAAGCCCCGGUUGUUCAAGGGAUGGAUAGCAAAAUGGAAAGGAUAAAUCGCUAUGCUGUGGAUAAGUACUGUCAACUCUCGCCUUGCGAACACCCCGAUAACACGGACAGCAGAUAAAUCCCAGGGAAGAAUAUGUUAGAGAUGUUUGACCGAGAUAAACCCCCUCUAUUACUGACUCUUGCUAAUGAGGACACUAACUCAAGGUGUUUACAGUGUCCUCUAUAAAGGGAGUUGACUAUAUUUGAUUAUUAUUUGAGUGUUGUGCCUGUAAACUGUCUGGUAAUGUAAGAGCACAUCCACAAUAAACAAACCUUUUCCUGACUGUCUGCCAGGCCGGGACAAGCGAAGUUGCCGUUAGUAAAAAUUCGACCGUAUUCUAUCCUGUCUUGUCACCGGAACAAAUGAUACUUAGCAAAGAACUCAAGCUAAGCUUCACAAUAUUCUUGAGAAUAACUUUGGUUAUCAAUUGUUCUCCAACAGGUUGUACUAUAAAGACAAAGACAUUGUUUGCCGUCGACCUAUUGAACCGUUAACAGAGGAAGAGAGGAACAAUCAUCUUUUUCCUGUGGUGGACAUUUGCAGCUAACACUUGUUUACGCGUAUAUUAAAUAUAUCUUAGGUGUGCUUUCAAUUGUCCUUGUAACCUCAGAACUGAGCUGAAAAUAAUUGGCAGUAUCACUUCUCUUCGAAAUUGGCAAAAGCUUAAUCUUUAAAGAAUUUAAAAUUUUCCACUGAAAAAUUUAAAAAUGAAACAAGCAGGUUACAAAUAGCGUUUCGCUUAAAGUGUUGUUCAUUUCCCACCUCGCGAUUUUCUCCGUAGAGUGGAAAGUUCAACCGCCCUGUGCAGCAUAAUUAACAGUGCCUCAGGAAGUUCAAUCGUUACAGUAAAAAAAAAAGUCACAUUAUAAAAAACACACAGAGUUUUUAUGUUCUAUAACUAAUAAUUUAUUUCGCGGAAUCUGAAGAUGCCUCAACACUAAAGGCGCUCAAAGGACGUCAAAACGUUCAGACUUUUUGUCAUAAAUUUAUUUCAAAUGAUCUCUGUAUAUGUACAAACGAAAGUUUUAAACAAUUAUUUCCAUGGCAAUUUAAUUACUCUUCACACCACAUGUAGAGCUUUUUUCAUUAAUGACAAUCUACCCUCG